AUGCCUGCCGCAACCGACAGCCCUCCCAAGGUGGAAUCGCGGCUUCUCCUGGUCUCCAAUCGCCUGCCAAUCACCAUCAAGCGGUCUCCGGAAGGGAAGUAUGAUUUCUCCAUGUCGUCAGGAGGCCUUGUCACUGGGCUGAGUGGCUUGGCGAAGAGCACCACCUUUCAGUGGUACGGUUGGCCAGGGCUGGAGGUCCCUGAAGACGAAGUCAGCGGUGUGGUCAAGCGGCUGAAGGAUGAAUUCAAUGCUAUCCCCGUUUUCGUCGACGACGAAUUGGCCGAUAGGCAUUACAACGGGUUUUCCAACUCCAUCAUGUGGCCGCUCUUCCACUACCACCCUGGUGAAAUCACGUUCGACGAGUCGGCUUGGAAUGCUUACACCGAGGUCAACCGUCUCUUCGCCCGGGCCAUUGCCAAAGAAGUCGAGGAUGGCGAUCUUGUCUGGGUGCACGACUACCACCUGAUGCUGUUACCCCAGAUGCUCCGCGAAGAGAUUGGUUCUACAAAGUCCAAUGUCAAGAUCGGCUUUUUUUUACAUACUCCCUUCCCGUCGAGCGAGAUCUACAGGAUUUUGCCCGUUCGAAAUGAAAUCCUGUUGGGGGUCCUUCACUGUGAUCUGAUUGGCUUCCACACCUACGACUACGCUCGACACUUCCUCAGCAGCUGUUCGCGAAUUCUGAACCUCACCACGACGCCCAACGGGGUCGAAUUUGAAGGCAAGAUUGUCACAGUCGGCGCCUUCCCCAUCGGCAUCGACCCGGAAAAAUUCACCGAAGGCUUGAAGAAAGACAAGGUUCAAAAACGCAUUGCUGUGCUGGAGGAGAAAUUCAAGGGCGUUAAGUUGAUUGUUGGUGUAGACCGUCUCGACUACAUCAAAGGUGUUCCCCAGAAACUUCAUGCUCUCGAGGUUUUCCUUACAGAUCACCCCGAAUGGAUUGGUAAGGUGGUCUUGGUUCAAGUCGCCGUGCCCAGCAGACAGGAUGUUGAGGAGUAUCAAAAUCUUCGCGCGGUUGUCAACGAGUUGGUGGGACGCAUCAAUGGAAAAUUCGGCACGGUCGAGUUCAUGCCCAUCCACUUCAUGCACAAAUCGGUCAACUUCGAUGAGCUCAUUGCCCUUUACGCCGUCUCAGAUGUAUGUCUCGUCUCCUCGACACGGGACGGUAUGAACCUGGUAUCCUUCGAGUACAUAGCCUCUCAGGAACAGCGAAAAGGUGUGCUUAUUCUUUCCGAAUUUGCGGGUGCUGCACAGAGCUUGAAUGGCAGUAUCUUGGUCAACCCUUGGAACACCGAGGAACUGGCCGGUGCCAUUCAGGAGGCUGUGACAAUGAGCCCAGAACACCGUGCUAUCAAUUAUGCCAAGCUGCACAAAUAUGUCUUCAAGUACACCAGUGCGUUCUGGGGUCAAUCUUUCGUGGCCGAAUUGACCAGAAUAUCCGCCCAAGGAGAGAAGAAGUUGAAGUUACGUCGAGCAUCCCUGAUAAAAUCGCCAUCUCAGCAGCCACCUUCUGAAAGCAGAGAUGUGGAUUCGGGAGCGAAGCAAUCGUCACAGCCAACUACGAACCCAGAUGUCGAGAUCGAUGGCUUUCAAGCAUCGAGAGACGUUGAUGUCGCGGCUACGGAUGGACACUCGAAGGAAAAGUCGGCGACGCUAUGA